GUCAACUUGGGCGUUGGGCCGCUUGGUGGCUCCGAGCGCUCCAGCACGGAAGGGUCUGUAUUACUCAAGCUCAAUAGUCAAUAUUCUGUGAGUAUUGUAUUAAUUCUAUGCACAGAAUAUAGAUCAUAACCUUAAAAGUUUAGAUAAAUAUAUUGCGUUCCGUUCCGAUCCGCGAAUUAAAAAUUAAAACAUCAGAACGAACCAAUUAUAUUAUAUUAUAUUAUUAUAUCGACGUCCAUAAAAUGUCGAUGGAACUUUGAACAUGAGCGAAUAAGUUCAUACGAUUUAUUAUGAUGUAAUACACGACUGUUGGCUGUGAGUACUAAAUUAAUUUUAAUCAGUCUUAUUAAACAAUGGCUAAGAAAAACGUUCGAAACAUUAUUAAAAAAAUGGAAUCGUCUAAUAUAUUGAUCAAUACUUCGAAUCCAUCUGAAUAUAAAGCGCCAAGUGCUUUCAUUCAAACUGAAGCUAAUAAGGAUCCGGAACUCAUACCACACUGCUUCAGCUCGUUUUGUUAUUUGGGCCUAUUUGUGUGGCUCUUGUUGGAUAAAAACUACAAUUUAUUAAUUGAUCGCAACUCAACGAUUAUUAUUGUUACAUGUUAUAUAAUUGAAUUUGUCAAAUUUGCUUGUCAUUCUUAUCUAGUCAGUAGAAUAACAAAUCAAAUCAAGCCAAAAUCCAAUCCUAUAUUCUGGAUAUUUCAGUUUUUAGUUUCCACUGUGCUAGCAGUGGGUGUAUCAUAUUUAUUUUCAAUUCUCUUUGGUGCACCAUUGACUACUAAACAAGAACAAACUUUUGUAUUUUCUUUACUCGCAACAGCACUCAUAAUUACACCGACUGCCAUUCAAUUAGGAUCAAAUAUAUUACCAUUACUGUUGACUGAUUGUUUUGAAACUGAAUUUGAUAAUAAUGUAGAAGUAUUUGAAAAGAACAAUUUCCGAGCAACAAUUUUAGGAGGGUUCAUUGGUGCAGCAGUAAUACCAUUCGACUGGGAAACUGAAUGGCAACGAUGGCCAAUUCCAUGUUCAGUUGGAUUAAUAGCUGGACAUUUAUUAGCUAAUGUUUAUGAAAUAAUAUGUUGGCAGUUUAAAACAUUGAAAAAAUAUUCUAUUAAAAAAAAUAAAUUUUGAUGUAUGACUUGCUAUUAUGUAGGAAAUAAUAUGCCAUACAAUAAAUUGAUUCUUAUUUCAAAUUA